CUCUCUCUAAACUCUUGUCUUCUCCGAUUGAUCUCGCGAGGCAGGAGCUUUACGUUCACCGAGCACGGGGCAUUUCCAAUGGCGCCGCCUCCAGGGCCUUACUCCGGAACCAGCACUCUCGCUUUGGUGGCUCGCGUUUCGGCCUUCUCUUUCGGAGUUGUCUACGGGAGCGUCAAGUUGAAGUUUCUCAAGGCGAAGGCCAAGUCCCAAAGGAAAGCCGAGGCCAAGGCUCAUCAUUGACUGUAACAGCUCCUUUUGAUUGGAAGUCUCAAUUGCUAGAAUUAGGGAUUGAAUAAUUCUCUGGUAGAUUUUACCAUGAGCAUUUGCAGCACCUCCCACUGUCUACAUGUUUCAUGAAAUCUAGUUAAAUCUUGGUUCGGCUACUGUCAUGGCAUUCCACCUUUCAUGGCUUACCAAAUUGUCCAUAUGGACAUGUUAGUCCUUUCCCUUGGAAAAUAAUUGCUUUUCCAUAGAAAUUUUGGGACUUGGGAGAAGUUGUUUCAUGCUCAGAAUGUUGGGAGAACUGGCGUACUUUGUUUGCAUUACUGGCUAAGUAUUGAUUAAUCAUGCCGGCGUGCCCCAUAUUUUUAUCUUACAAUGCAUGGUUUGUGCACCAA